CUCCCUCUACGUGACUCAAGGCAAAAGCUCCAUGGACGAUGGGUUUAUUGAGCCUUUCGGACCAAAGCCCAAGUGAUUCCAAGUGUUAGGGAAAAAAUAUGAUUACAACACAUAAACACAGCCCUACCUCCCGGCAAGGAGGGCACAAUGCUGCUACAACCAAACCAGUGAAAUCUGAAAGAACACCCCUGGCUUCGUGAUGCAAUGAGGAACAGAUUCAAAUGACAGCCAACAUUUGUUCAAGAGCAUUUUUAAAGGCAUUUUAGCGAGAACGCCUGAGCCUUUUCUUGUGUAUUCGAAGGCUUUUCCGCUCCAAAAGGCUGGCUCUUUUUCCUCGAAGGUUGGCACGAGCUCAGAAGAUACUACCUGUCUGGCAAUGUGGCUGCUCCGGAGAUGUUCGCCUAGGUUGGCAUCUGCUUUUCAGAGCCUCCAGUUCCAGCAGCAGAGCCUGGCAUCGCCCACUGCCAACCUCCCAGCCUGGCGAUGCUUCUGUGUCCGUGCUGCCCAGCACCAGGGGCUCCUCUUCCGACAGCUCUUUGAAUCAGAAAGCUUCACAUAUACCUACUUGCUGGCAGAUACGACAACCAAGGAGGCAGUUCUGAUAGAUCCAGUUCUGGAGACAGCCAAGAGAGAUUCAACCCUGGUGAAGCAACUAGGACUUAAUUUGCUCUAUGCAGUCAACACUCACUGCCAUGCCGAUCACAUCACAGGCACGGGACUUCUGAAGACUCUUCUACCAGGCUGCCAAAGCGUCAUCUCCAAAGACAGUGGUGCCUCUGCUGAUAUCCUAAUCCAGGAAGGUCACAUCCUCAGAUUUGGGGCAUUUGCCCUGGAGGCUCGUGCUACCCCUGGGCAUACAGAUGGCUGUCUGACUUAUGUGCUGAAUGACAAGUGGAUGGCCUUCACUGGGGACGCUUUGUUGAUCCGGGGCUGUGGACGGACAGACUUCCAACAAGGUUCUCCAGAUACCCUGUAUCAGUCAGUCCAUGAGAAGAUCUUCACACUCCCUGGAGAUUGCUUGGUCUACCCUGCCCAUGACUAUACAGGCCAGACUGUGUCCACGGUGGAAGAAGAGAGAACUCUGAAUCCUCGUCUGACUUUGUCUCGGGAAGCUUUUGUGGAACUGAUGAACAAUCUGAAUCUGCCCAAACCCAAACAGAUUGAUUUUGCAGUACCUGCUAACCUCAAGUGUGGAGUCCAAGAUGUAGCUUCUUAGCCAUACACUUCCUCUCCUGGACCAUGCCUCCUUCAGCACAACUGCAGGGCAUUUGAAGGGGCUUUUGCCAUUGCAGUGUGAUUGCUUCAUGGGGCUUCAACUCCAAUACCACUGUUCUGUAAGUGACGGAAGGAGAAAUGCAAGAGGCCAGACAGAUACAUCAGCAGCCUUCAAUUCUGGGCCUGCACCUGUACUGUAUCUGUAUGGAGAAGAACCAGCACCCUCUGACUCCUAGCUGUACUUAGUCUUCAGUCCCAUUUUGCAGCAUCUAUUUGCACUAAUGGACAUUUCCAGCCCAGCCCUGAGAUCCAUUUAUGUUCCUUUCAGGGGUCCAUUGUACUGAGGUUUCUCUUUUGACCUUUUCAUAUCUGUCUAAAAAGGUGGAGAACCUCAUUCUGUGAAUGUCUGGAACUCAAGGUAGGCAGGACUUUGUAUGUGAAAGCUCUCUUUUUUUGGGCAAGAAAAUAAAUGUUGCUUGUUAUCCAGCUGGAAUUUAAAGUCAGGUGGAAUUCUGCUACCUUGGCUGUUCAAGGUUGGGAUGCUGUUCAGGGCAAUUCACAGUCUACUCAGUUUCAACACCCCAUUGUAAAGCCUCACAGAUGAUACUGAGAGUUGGAAGGGCUCUCAUUGGCCAUUGAGACUAAAUCCCCCCUCAACUCAGUUCAGGAUCUCCAGCUAGAGUAUCCCCUACCUAGCUGUCCAGCCUCAUUUUGAAGAUGUCCAGAGAAGGAGAUGCAACCACCUCUCUGUGCAACUGGCUGCAUUGUCAAAUCAGUUUUAUUGUCAAGGAGUUCCUCCUAACGUUCAAUUGAAAUCUACUCUACUGUAACCUAAAAGCCAUUAGACCUGAUCCUACUCACGGCAGCAAACUUGCCCUCUCCUGCCUGUGGCAGCCCUUAGAUAUAGGCAGACCCCAUAUAAAAUGAGCUCAUAGUAUGUGGUUUCUUUAAUAAGUUGCUGUGUAGGUAUUCUCUCAGAUACAAAUAAAGUGGCUUUUUUA